AUGGCGGCCGACCUACAAUAUCUCCAGCAAAAAUACAUAGCCGAAGCGCAAAAGCGCCUUAGGCCGAACGGCACAGAUCAAUUUCAAGAUGCUCGACAGAGCGAAUUCGCUCGCAUCCGCGGUUUUGCCGAUGACAUAUGGGCAGAUCACGUCUCUCUUGACGCUCAGCUCUUCCAGUCACCCGCGCUGAAGGCUGGGGAGAGGACAAAGUUCCUCAUCGCAGGUGCUGGUAUCGGUGGCAUAGUCAGUGCUGUCCGUCUUAUACUCACCGGAUUCGAUGUUUCCCAAAUCCGACUUGUUGAAACAGCGGGCGGUGUUGGCGGCACCUGGUAUUGGAAUCGGUACCCCGGCCUUCACUGCGAUGUCGAGAGCUACGUGUACUUGCCACUCCUCGAGGAGAUGGGAUACAUGCCCUCGCACAAGUACACUUCCGGGGUCGAGAUUCGCAACUAUCUGAACCAGAUUGUCCAGAAGUUCAAACUACAAGACAAGGUUCUCUUCAGAACGAAGCUCGAUCGCAUUGAGUGGGAUGACGAGAAGAGUUUUUGGAAGGCCGAUCUUACCACAGCCCGGGGACCAGUAGACUGCAAGGAAUCGAGCAAGCUUUCUGUGCAAGCUGAGUUUGUCAUCUUCACUGCUGGGUAUCUAAGUCGUCCGCAAGUGCCCAAAUUUGCCGCCUUGGAUACCUUUGCAGGGAGCAUGUUCCACACUGCGAGGUGGGAUUACUCUGUCACGGGCGGCUCAGAUGAGGAGCCAUUUUCAUCGUUGGACAAGUUGAGAGGGAAACGUGUCGGUGUUAUCGGGACGGGUGCAACGGCUAUUCAGGUGGUGCCUUGUCUGGCCAAAUAUGCCGGGGAGAUGUUCGUCUUCCAGCGCACUCCAAGCGCUGUUUACAGCCGUGGUCAAAAGGCAACGGAUCCUCAUGAAUGGGAAUCCGAGAUCGCCAGCUCUCCCGGCUGGCACAAGAAGCGCAUGGAAAACAUGUCUGCCCACAUGGCCAGAAGCGCUCAUCCGGGCUCGCCUGACUUAGUCAACGACGAGUGGACGAAACAGAGUGCCUAUGCCGGUGUUGUUGGCGACCCUGAGUGGGCUUACAUCGGCCCUGAAAAGGUUCCAGAGCUCAUUGCGCAUUACUUGAAGCUCGAUGCCGAUAACAGAGCACGACUCCGAGACCGUGUCUCCGACAUAGUAAAAGACAAGUCCACAUCGGAGAAGCUCACGCCAUGGUACCCGGUCUGGUGUAAGAGGCCGACUUUCAGCGACACCUACCUCCAGACGUUCAACAUGUCCCACGUUCAUCUCGUGGAUACGGAGGGCCUUGGAGUUGAGAGAGCAACCCCAAGUGGCCUGGUAGUCCAAGGAGUUGAGUACAAAGUCGAUGUUCUUGUGCUCGCAACGGGAUAUGUAUCGCCGUCGACAGCUGUAGAUCCGGCUGCCCGGGCCGGAGUUGAGGUCUACGGACGUAUGGGGCGGCUGAUGGCGGAGAAGUGGGAAACCCAAGGUCUGACUACUCUUCACGGGGUAACAUCGAACGGGUUUCCCAACUUAUUCUGGAUUGGUGCAUCGCAAGGUCCGUCCGCCGCAAAUCUGGGUCAUGUCAUCGACGCUCAAAGCCGCCACAUUGCCCACAUCAUCGCGAAAGCGCACGACAAAGCGGACACUGCAACUUCCACUCCCAGCACGUUCCGCACCUGCGUUGUCGAAGCUGACACUGAUGUCGAAGACGCCUGGAGCCUGCGGGUCAUGCAAGGUGCAACUCGUCUCGCAGUGACUUCCGUCUGCACGCCAGGAUACUUGAAUAACGAAGGUCAAGGGCUACGGAUGACACUUGGCUUGGAGAAAGUGCCUAGUUCCGAAAGUAUGGCGAAGGCGGCCCGGGCCGCUCCAUGGAGCGCGGGAAUGCCAUCCUAUCUACAAGAAAUAGAGGCUUUCGAGACCGAAGAUGAGCUGCGUGGAUUCACAGUCGCAGCCAAAUAA